AGCUCUCUGUUAGAGGAAGUGAAACCACUGAGACAUAUUUUUGCAUUCUGAGGUGCCAAAGUAAAAUGAAGCGCUUCGGGCAGACGAGAAAGGUGGCUGAGAAGAGCGGCUGAUAUGGAGAGAGGGAGGAAAGUGUGUCUGCUCCGUGAUCAUUUCUGACUGCAAAGGGCGUGAGAAAGCAUGUGCUACGUUUAGCAGAGGAAAUAAGAGUUGUUUUUCCUCGGAUAGCGCCGUCCACAUUGACAAUUGCAGUUCCAUUUGCAGAACAAUGGCCACGGAUGUCUUCAAUUCAAAAAGCUUGGCCAUUCAGGCCCAGAAGAAGAUCCUUGGGAAAAUGGUAUCCAAGUCAAUAGCAACUACUUUGAUAGAUGAUACCAGCAGCGAUGUUUUAGAUGAGCUCUACAGAGUGACGAAGGAGUACACGCAAAAUAAGAAAGAAGCUGAGAAGAUCAUUAAAAAUCUCAUCAAAAUAGUCCUCAAAUUGGCAAUUCUCUACAGGAACAAUCAGUUUAAUCAAGAUGAAAUUGCACUGAUGGAGAAAUUCAAGAAGAAAGUUCAUCAGCUGGCGAAGACGGUGGUCAGUUUCCAUCAGGUGGAUUAUACCUUUGACAGGAAUUUCUUGUCCAAACUGCUGAAUGACUGUAGAGAGCUGCUUCAUCAGAUCAUUCAGCGUCACCUGACUGCGAAAUCGCACGGACGUGUCAACAACGUGUUCGAUCACUUCUCUGAUUGUGAAUUUCUGGCUGCCUUGUAUAAUCCCUUUGGACCUUAUAAACUUCAUUUGCAGAAACUCUGUGAUGGUGUCAACAGAAUGCUAGAUGAGGGGAACAUAUAAGCCCUUGUGCUAAAGUUGACUGCCCGUGUGUUAUCUGUAGACGGAACACUGUUGAUUUAUGAAGGAAUAAGGGAGCAUGAAAAUGGGGAUUUUUUCUAUUAUAUUGUGACAGAUAUUUCAAAAUAAUCUUUGUUAAACUGAUUACUUCUUAUGAGCUAUCUAUUGCUAUUUGCAGUCCAUCUGGAAGAAAGAUGGCACGUUACCUUCUUUUACUGUGCUUUGCCUGUGGGAACAGCUGGAUAAAGAGAAUAGAAUAGAAUAGAAAGGUCCAAAUAGACAACAGGUCUUGCAAGACAGAUACAGAAAACAAACUAGCUUGCUGUCAGACAAUCCAGAUAUUUACAUAUGUAUUUAUAAACCAUCAGAGUCCAGUAAUGCUGGUAACAUGGUGUUGUGGUACACUCUAUAAUUUCUUCAACUUAUUUGUAACAUUUAUAUCUGAUUCAGUUGUAUUCUUUAAUGCAAUCUGCACAGAUCACGGCUUCCUAGUUUGCUCUUGCAAAAUAUUCAGUUUUGCAUAACACCAGUGAUGCUGUCACAGCGUCUGAACUGGUUGGUGUAUCUGCAGCUCAGUAAUGUCUGAAAGGCAAUCAGGUGAUUCCUGCAGAUGUACCCAGAUGCUUUGUUUCCUUUGAUUGUUUCAGGAACAAUAAGCUACAGUGAAGUAGCCUGAGUGGGGGAAAACUAUGCGCUAGACAAAACCUGCAGUACAGGCAUGUGAAACUGUAAGGUGAAACACAGUGAUUUACUUUUGCAAUUCCUUAAGAUUGUUAGAAUCCUGCUAGUGUGGCAUAAUUCUUUCAGCAGAGGUGCAGGUCAGCUUAUUUUAUGCAUCGGGCUUAUGUACAUUCACAAAUCUUAAUGAUCUGAAAAAUAAAUUCCAAGCCAGUUUGCUUUGUUUACAGUGUAUCUAGAAACAAAUCAUUUUGUGGUUGGAUGCUCUUGAACUACUGGAGGAGUGACAUCUUGAAUCAAUUUCUACUCUCACCUCCCCUCCUACCUUUCAUUCUUCCUCUUCCUCCCUCAUCUUCUCCCUGCCUGGCCCUUGGGGUAAAUAAAUGUGACUUUCUGUACACUGUAAUGUACUUAAAAGUAUGAAGUUAAUACAUUUCAAACACCUGAAGACUUUUGUUAGGAAGCAUAUAAAGAAUUUGCAUUUUAUUUAAUUGCCAGUUUUUUGCUGUUUGCUGUGUCUUUUUGUUUUAAUGAGUAAACCAAAGAAUAUUUGCACUCUGAA